CUUCUUUGAUAACUCAAAAUACUGUCAUCAAAAUGUCACGAGAAAUGGAAAUAAAACCCAGUAAAUUCCAGAGAAUAAAUGGCUCCACAGCCUAAGAAUUGUCGCAUAAAGUGUGUAUCUAAAAUUAUGGACGAAUCAUACAACAGAUUGAUCCAAUCAGAUUCCAAAUCUUUAUUGAAGAAAUACCUAUCCCAAGACGUUUACAAUGCUUUAAAGGAAGAACAAACUCCCACCUAUGGCUCAACACUUAUGGAUUGCAUUCAAUCAGGUUUAAUGAAUCUAGAUUCCGGAGUGGGGAUCUACGCUCCAGACCCAGAAGCCUAUACAGUUUUCUCACCUAUUUUCGACGCCAUAAUCGAAGAUUAUCAUUUGGGGUUUUCCCCCAAUCAUACGCACCCUCCGCUAGAUUGGGGGGACCUCACCGCUUUCCAAAAUUUGGAUCCGGAGAACAGGUACAUCAUCUCCACCAGGGUUCGAUGCGGAAGAUCAAUCGAAGGAUAUCCGUUCAAUCCUUGCAUGACGGAGGUCCAUUACAAGGAAAUAGAGCAGAAAAUGACUGAUGUAUUCCGGGGUCUAAGCAGUGAACUGCCUGGAACAUACCGACCUCUUACGAAAAUGAUGAGAUGCGAGCAGGAGCGUCUAAUCGAAGAUCAUUAUUUAUUCAAGGAAGGAGACAGGUUUCUGAAAGCGGCAAAAGCUUGCCAGUUCUGGCCGGUUGGAAGAGGGAUAUUCAUGAACAAGGAUAAAACGUUCCUCACUUGGGUGAACGAAGAGGACCACCUCCGGAUGAUAUCAAUGGAACCGGGUGGGGAUUUGGGAAACGUCUACCGCAGGAUGAUUCUAGGAGUUACUGCUAUCCAAGAACAGGUCAACUUUGCCAGGUCUGACCGAUUUGGGUUUUUAACGUUCUGUCCAACGAAUUUAGGCACUACAAUCAGGGCAUCUGUUCAUAUUAAACUUCCGAAAUUAUCUUCUGACAAAGAUAAAAUGAAAUCUGUCGCUGAAGAGCACCAUCUCCAGGUCAGAGGAACCCGAGGAGAACACACGGAGUCGGAGGAAGGAAUUUAUGAUAUCUCUAAUAAGAGAAGAUUGGGUUUGACAGAAUUUGAAGCACUGAAAGAGAUGCAGGAUGGAAUAUUGAAACUGAUAACGAUCGAAAAUUCUUUAUAGAUGCCACGUUUAAUCAGAAUUUGAGUAAGAGUGAAAUUAUGCCUCAUCAAUAUUCCUUGUUUUUUUAUCAUUCGUGCGUGUCAAGCUAGAUAUUGACUUAUAGCUUUUUUAUAUAUAUUUUUUUUUGGAUAAAAUAUAUUUGAAUUUCGAUUUUU